GUUAUAGAGAGAGAAACUUGCAGAUUUUAGAAAGAAGACGACGAUACAUACAAUUAUAUUAUACAUAUACACACAAAUAGCUAUACAACAUAUAUAUACACACAAACUAUAACCUAAACUCCGCCAAAUUUUAACACGAACCGGAGCUCAGAAUGCUAAUUAUGAUAUCUAAUUAUUCAUAAUACACGCAAUCGUAACCCUAAUUACGGAAAUCGUGACAUCGAGCAUCCUUUUUCCACCAAAAGGAAUUUAGCAAGCUGAUUUGGUGAGUUCAUUGAAUCCUCUUGUAACUGUCAAAACUUCUCAGGCAUCAAAGACUAUACCUUGUCUUUGACUAGAAGCACUUGAUGGAUCUUAAAGUUUCUGCUGAGGAAUCAGGUCAGUCACCUUCCUUAUCCGAAAGCAAUCCUGAUGAGAAAGAAAUAAGUGAUGAUGAUGAUGAUGAUCGCAACCAUAAGCAUCGUAGAAGAGAUGAUGCAAGGUCUCAAUCACAGGAGCGAGAUGCUGUGGAACAAGUAUUUACUAAACCAUUUAGAAGGGGAAAUAAACCAUUUGUAAAUGGGCAUAAUUACAGGGAAGCAAGUUCUCAGUCUAGUGAAACAUGGAAAAAUCAGGCUUUCAACUCCAUGGGUUCCAAAUUUGAUAAAAAACGAACUGGGUUUACACAAUCUUCUCAAGGACCUUUGGAUUUAAACCAGAGAUUCAGGGGGGAUGUUGGUCCAGUUAGGGGUAGAGGAAGGGACUCUGGUCAUUGGAACCAACGUGAUUCUAGAUUUAAUUCUGCCGAUAUUGCUUCUCAAAUAGUUCAACAGGGAUCUGUACCCCCUGGUCUGUAUUCUGGGCGGGGUUUACCGACUGUUUCAAAUGCAUAUGGGCCAUCCUGGGGUACAUUUGGGUUGGUUCCAGGAAUGCCAAAUGGUGGCCUGGAUACACUACAUCCCCUAGGGUUACAAGGAGCAUACAGAUCUAUUAAUCCUUCUAUGAACAUGGGAAUGGGACUUGCCCGUCAACGGUGUAGAGACUUUGAGGAACAAGGUUUUUGCUUAAGAGGUGACAUGUGCCCAAUGGAGCAUGGGGUUAACCGUAUUGUUGUGGAAGAUGUUCAGAGCCUAUCACAGUUUAAUCUACCUGUAUCGCUUCAAAAUGCAAAUAUGCCUGGAACGUCAGGUGGGCCAGGACCUUUACCUGCAUCUGGUAUCUCAACAAAUUCAAUGUUCAGCACCAAGUCUUCACAUGGCAAAACUAGCAAACGUGGAGUUGGUGGCAAUGGGCAGGGCUUAAAUGAUGUUGGUGCUGACUUUUAUGAUCCCGAUCAGCCUCUGUGGGGUAAUGACUCUCAAACAUCACCUGCACUGCAAUCGAUCAGUCACUCUAAUGUGAAGGAUAACGGGCCUUUGUUGGAUCUGGGCCCAGCACGUGAUGCUUCAGAUGAACAGGUGGUCAAGAGUGGUGGGAAUGCUAUGGCAAGAAUUAGCAGUACAAAAAACAGAGCAGAAAUGAGAGAGAAUAUAAUUACAAAAGCAAGUUCCUCAAAUUUUCUCCAAAAUGGAACUGAAAGGCAGGAACCAUCCAAUAGCUCUCAAGUUGCUCCCCAUCAUAGUAAAAGUUUAUUACCUAAAAUGCAAAGUGGAAACGGAAAGGGUGUCCGUAAGCCUUCUCAAAGGGCACAAUGUACAUUGUUUGUGAACGGUGUUCCUCCCCAACAGAACAAAAGGGAUUCCCUGAUUGCGCAUUUUCAUAAAUUUGGUAAAGUAAUUGAUAUUUACAUUCCGUCAGAUACUGAACGAGCAUUUGUUCAAUUUUCCAAAAGAGAAGAAGCAGAAGCUGCUCUCAUGGCACCUGAUGCUGUGAUGGGUAAUCGCUUUAUUAAGUUAUGGUGGGCUAAUCGUGAUAAUGUUCCUGUUAAUGGAACAGUUAGUUCCUAUAAUCCCCAAAUACCAAUACCUCCUCGUGGCAUGCCAGUUUCAUCAGCAUCACAUAAUGACACAAUUGCCCCACCUGCAUCAUCUGAUCAGUUAAAGCCUGUGAUCGUAAACAUGCCAAAAGCACCUCCGCCUUCACAGAAGAAACUGGAGAUUUUAGAGGUUUUGAAGAAGGAGAUUCGUCAGAAGCAAGAAAUGCUUGAUCAGAAGAGGAAUGACUUUCGACGCAAGUUGGAAAAACUUCAGAAACAAGCUACAACUAUGAAAGGGGAGAUAGAACCGGAACAGGUGGCUAAAAGACAGAAGUUAGUAAUUGUAGCUGAUUCUACAAAAACUGCAACUCCAAGUUCUGGUGAUCCUGAAACAAUAUCAUUGUCACCAGGAGCUGAAGUGGUAGGUAAUGGUAACAAGUCUCUGGAGGCUGCUGUGCCAAAAAGUUCCAAAUCAAAAGCAGUUACACAUCAAGAACCACCUGUCUUGAAACCAUCAGUACGCCCAUUGGUACCAAUUAGCCCAUCGGCUGUCACCAAUCGGUUCAAACUGGACAAUCGACCCACUGCAUUUAAGAUCGUCUCAGUCCUGCCAAAUGAUCUUUCCGAUGUUAAAGUUUUGAAGGAACACUUCUCACCAUUCGGGGAUCUUUCUAAGGUGGAACUUGACGAUGUAGAGCCUAUUGAUGGCGAUACUGAUCCUGGAACAGCUAAAUAUUCAGCCCGCAUUUAUUUCAACACCCGACAUUCAGCUGAGAAGGCAUUUGUAAGUGGUAAAUGUUGGAACGGUCACAACUUGCAGUUUACAUGGCUAAAAUCUACGAGCGGCAGCAAAGAUGGCGAAAGUCCAUCCACUUCUAAAGGAAAUUCAGAUUCUUCUGUUGGUCCUGGGGUUGAAAUUCCAAAAACCGAUUCUCCAAAACCUGCCACAUCUGGAGAAGCUGCUACAUCUGGAGAUAGUGAAUCCGAAAAGAUUAAACAAACUGAUAUCGGUAAAGAUCAUAUGGAACCAGAUGAAAGUUAAACACCAUUUCACACGAGUAGACCUUGUUCUGAUUCUGUUGAGAAUGGCUUAAUCAUCAGUUGUACAGUGAGAUUAAUGGUAUGUCAAGUUUGCCUUAAAUACCACUUCAGGUGACCUAGCAAUUUCUCGAUCGUAUUUUAUCUCCGGCUCACAGUUUGCAAAGAGAAAAUUUAGUUCUUAAUUGCCAGUUAGGGAUAAUUGUUUGGUCAGUUCUGGUUAGUUGUGUCUAAGUGCGUUAAAAAAUCUAUAAUUAUGAUUACAGUUUUGGUUAAAUAAGUUUGAAUGUUACAGUCAGGACUUAUGUUAAUUUUUUCUCUUAAUCAAGACCUUGUACAUUCAUGGCUUAUAACUUUAGAUGGCGUUGUAAUCGGUUAUACAUGAAGAUUUGUUUAUCAUGUUUCU